AUGUUGGGGUAUGAUGCUGGUGAUGUUGGUAUGUGUCUGAUGUUGGGGUGUGAUGCUGGUGAUGUUGGUAUGUGUCUGAUGUUGGGGUGUGAUGCUGGUGAUGUUGGUAUGUGUCUGAUGUUGGGGUGUGAUGCUGGUGAUGUUGGUAUGUGUCUGAUGUUGGGGUGUGAUGCUGGCGAUGUUGCUGAGGAGAUGGUGCCAGACAACACACAGCAGUCACUCAAUAGCCAGUCCUAUCUUGCUGUUGAAGAUCCAAGCAACAUACCAGACCUUGAUGAAAUGGCAGUGGCAGGACUUUCAUUUAUAUGUGAUGGCAUUUUCCACUGCAAUACAUGCAAGAUAAGCUUGUGUCGAUGGAAAAGGAAUGAUGAUCCUUGGAAGGAGCAUGCCAAACACAGUCCUGCUUGUAGUUAUCUUCGAGAUCAGAAGGGCCAGGCUUACAUAACUAGGGUCCAGGAAGAAUUGACCAUGAAUGUAACUCGACCAGAGUACAUGGAAAUCACUAGCAGGAUAGGAACAUAUGACAACCCUAAUUGGCCUGUAGACCAAGUGACACAGAGACCAGAGGAAUUGGCUGGAGCAGGUUUAUUUUACACAGGAGAGGGAGCCACUGUUACAUGCCAUGAUUGUGGUAUAAGUUUUUGUUGCUUGCCGCCCCAUGCUGAACCAUGGGCAGAUCAUGCAUGUUCAUCUCCAUCCUGCAAGUAUCUGAUUAGGAUGAAAGGAAUCAACUUUGUGGAAAACUUUGAAGAAACAGAGGAUAUGGAUCUGCCUGUUUCUAUUGUUUCUAUGACUCGGUUUACUCCAGCGAGCAUCUUGCGAUCCAUGAAAUAUUCAUCUGAGGUCAUCAUGGCAGCUAUCAACCAGCACAGAGCCAGCAAAAGAGAUAAAGACAUUAAAGUUGGUGACCUGCUUGAGCUGAUCUCAGAUAUGGAAGGUGGUGACAAAAUUGUGGAGGAGGACUAUGAUCUGCCUUCCUAUGAUGAGAUGAUGAGAUGAAUGAAAUGAAUCGUGGAUUUCUGUGUAGCAGUUGUUUUCAGCUGCCUGUGGUCACUAUGUUGCUGCCCUGCUGUCACAUUGGCCUGUGCACGAGGUGUGCCUCUACAACAAAGGUCUGUCCUAGAUGCAAUGGCACACCAUGUCAAAAUGGGCUGCUCGGGUAGAAUUUCCUCAUGAGCACUGCAAGAUGGCAAUCUUUGUUUUUUUGUUUUUUGUUUUUUUUAUAAGCUUUUGGUAUCACAUACACUGUAUUUCAUUAUUGGAGAUAAUUAAGGAUCUGUCAGGUAUGAUUUUGGGGUCAUUAUAAACUUUUAAAGUUUGAGAAGGUGAUAAAAACAAUUGAGGUACAGGAUGUGAUAUCGAUAUUGUCUAGAACCUGUCUUAUUAGUGCUGUAGUAUCAUCAUUAUUUUACAGUAAUCAUGACGGUGCAGUGUCCAUUUUUUUGUCUGUCAGUUACUUCCCUUUACCUGAUGCUUGAAUAUGUAGACAACCUAGACAAUAUACAUUUUGCUAAUGUUGUGGCUGAGUGUAGUCAGAUAUUGAGAAAUUACUGUUUGAAUCUAAAAGAAAAAGUAGAUUAUUUGCAAAAAAAAUCUUGUAGUUUGGAACUAUAUUGCUUACCACAUUUGUUUUCUUAACUCUUGCCGUAUACAGCUGAUAUUUUUAAGAAACUAACCAUUAAUUCUCUAUUUCUCCUGUAAUCUGAGCUGAGCUUGAUAGGUUUGAGAGACCAGUUCACCAUUGACUGUGUAUACAUACUAAUUGUGUGAAAUGAAAGUGUAUCUUGCCUAUGGUGUUACCUCAACUCGGGGAGGUAACUUCCUUUCUGGAUGGGAGGUGAUGCAGUAUUUCUCCAGAUCAUUCUGAAUCCAAUUGAUUGAAUAUUUGCUUAUAAGAACAGUUGAAAUGGUCCUUUCAUUUUGUAUACCUGAGUGUAGAGAUGCCCAUAUCUGUCCCGUUGCAAUAUGUCCCAAAUCAAAAAGUCAAACCUGCAGGUUGUUAACAUUUAUAGAAAUUUUUGAUUCUGAAAUCUCCUUACAAGGAACAGUGAUACUCAGGUCCUAUAGAUAUCGAAAGUUGAUAUUAUGGCAAUUUGCAUUUUUAUUUUUAAAAUCUUACCAUGUUUUUAUUGUACAUCAAAACUGUCUUUGGAAAAGUUUUUAAAUGCUGCUUAAUUUUGUGGUCACCAUAGACAAAUUCUCAUGAUGACCUAUUGCAAUCACCUCUGGCAUCAUGUGUCCGAAACAAUUUAACUUUUUUCAGCUUCUUCUCAAAAAACUCUGAACUGAUUUCAUUGAAAUUUUGCAGAAACCUUCCCUGGCUAAGAUGAACCAAAAUAGUAAAUUAUAUGUUCCCCACCCCACAGGGGCCUGACAGUUCUGUAAUAGCUGCUGCCAGUGAGGUUGACAAGCUUUAGUUGCAUUUGUUAAAGAGUUUUUCUUAUUUUUACCUUUAUAAAUAUGAUUGUACGUUUCUAUUUAAUCAUUUUCUGUGAACCCAGUCAUUAAGAAUUAUCUCCCUUGCUAUUUUACAGGUUUGUAUGAUUAUUUGGUACUGUGUAUAAGUUGGUUGUCUGUAUUAUAUAUAUACACAUACAUAUUUUUGUUUAAUUAAACCAAAUUGGCACUAAUAUUUAUCAUUUUAAUUAUAUCCAUAUACAUUUUCUUUGUGUGA